UUUCCAUGUUCAAACCUGCCAAAUUAAAAAACUUAUGAUAAAUUAUAAGAAAUCUCAUUUUUGAUGCACAACAAACACACCACCUAACCCAUAACCUUUGAAUUAUCUCUGUGUUGAUAAUCAAAGAAUGGAGAAAUCCCAUCAUUUACACAAGCUUGUGAUAAUCCAACUCCUAGUUUCAAUAUUCCUCUUCUCGGUAGCUGCACAAGAACCCUGUCCCAAUGGACUCUGCAAGGUGGGGGAGGAGUGCUCUUCUAGUGGAGACUGUGGAGAUGGGCUGUAUUGUUCCUCCUGCCCAACAAGUUUUUUUGGGUCAAGAUGUGUUAGAUCCACCUACACAAAUCAGUUCAAACUUGUGAAUAAUUCAUUGCCAUUCAACAAAUAUGCAUAUCUAACGACCCACAAUUCAUUUGCCAUCGAAGGAGAGCCAUCUCACAUAGGAAUUCCUCGUGUGACCUUCAACAAUCAAGAAGACACUGUCUCCCAACAGCUGAAUAAUGGAGUUAGAGCUUUGAUGUUGGACACCUAUGAUUUUGAUGGAGAUGUUUGGCUCUGCCAUUCCUUUGGAGGAAAAUGCCACAACUACACUGCAUUUGAACCAGCAAUAGACACAUUGAAGGAAGUAGAGGCCUUUCUAACAGCAAAUACUGCAGAGAUUGUGACACUGAUCUUAGAAGACUAUGUUCAAUCUCCCAAUGGAUUGACCAAGGUAUUCACCGAUGCGGGGUUGAAGAAGUUCUGGUUUCCAAUCACGAACAUGCCGAAGAAUGGCAGCGACUGGCCUCGAGUCAGCGACAUGGUGGCCAAUAACCAAAGGCUUCUGGUCUUCACAUCAAAUAGAACAAAGGAAGCAACAGAAGGAAUAGCAUACCAAUGGAAUUACAUGGUCGAAAACCAAUAUGGGAAUGAUGGGAUGAAAGAGGGGAGUUGUGCAAACAGGGGAGAAUCAUCAGCACUUGAUGACAAGGGAAAAUCACUGAUAUUGAUGAACUAUUUUCCAACAGUUCCAAUCAAGCAAUUGGCAUGUCAACAUAAUUCUAAGGAUCUGUUUGCCAUGCUUCUAACUUGUCAUCAGGCAGCUGCUAACAGAUGGCCUAACUUUCUGGCUGUUGAUUUCUACAAGAGGAGUGAUGGAGGAGGAGCAUUUCAAGCUUUGGAUGCUUCCAAUGGGGGGCUCUUGUGUAACUCUGAGGACAUUCAUUCAUGUGUCGGGUAAAGAUGGUAAGAAACUCGAGAGUUUCAAAUUUAUCAGCUAAAAGUUGAUGUCUUUAGCUUUUGAAGUAUAUUGAAACGAAUAAUUUUAAAAUUUUACAAAAAUAGAAUAAUUCAAAAGUCAGUGUCAUUGUAUGCAUAAAUAAAGUGAUUAAAUAUAAUGUAAAACGCUCAUUAUA